UGUAAUUUGCUGGGACCCGUGGUUGGUAAAUUCUGUAUGGAGUUAGCCAUUAAGAAAGCUAAAGAAGCUGGUAUUGGAUGGGUUGUAGCAAAAGGCAGUAAUCACUAUAGUAUUGCUGGAUAUUACAGUCUAAUGGCUGUAGAGAAUGGUCUAAUUGGUAUGUCUUUUACUAAUACAUCACCACUAGUUGUACCUACCAGGGCAAGAAAGUGUGUGUUGGGUACUAACCCUAUAACUUGUGCAGCUCCAGCCAAGGAUGGGGAUAGUUUUGUACUGGAUAUGGCAACCUCUGCAGUAGCUUUAGGAAAGAUAGAAAUCCAAAACAGGAAGGAACUACCAGUUCCACAUGGAUGGGGUGUGGAUUCCAAAGGCAAGGUGGCUACAGAUCCCAAAGCUAUCCUAGAUGAAGGUGGUCAAUUACCACUUGGGGGUACAGAGGAAACGUCUGGAUACAAGGGAUAUGGUCUUGGUAUGAUGGUUGAAAUGUUUUGUGGUAUUAUGGGAAAUGCAGAAUUUGGUCCAAAUAUUAGAAAAUGGAGAGACGCUGAUAGAAUUGCCAAUUUAGGUCAGUGUUUUGUUGCCAUUGAUCCAGAAUCGUUUGCACCAGGCUUUACAGAUAGAAUGCAAUCGUUAAUUGAUAUUUGUAGAGGACAACAACCGGCAGAAGGUGAAAGUGAAGUACUUGUUGCAGGAGAUCCAGAAAGGAAACAUAUGAAGAAAGUUGAUCAUGAAGGACUAAAAUACCAUAGAAAUCUUAUUGAUGCAUUGGAAAAACUGGCAGAAGAACUUAAAGUUGACAAAAUGAAGAUAAAAUAAUCUUCUAAAGACCAAAAGCCACUUUCCUUUAUUCGCAAACAUGUAGAGAAUCUGUGAUAAUCUUUGAAUAAGACCAUGCAAUACAAAUGUAAA